GAGAGAUAAGGGAGAGCUCUUUCGCAGAACUUCUGUUUUUCACUCCAUUGUCGAGCCAGCUUCUUAUAUUGGAGCAUCUUGAAGACAGCGAAGGCCCAAGAAGGCUUCCUUUCUUGCGUGGGCUUUGUUUCUGAAGCUUUUUCAGCCACUUUCGCGUGGGGCGCCUUUUGCUUUGCUGGCCGGUCCGGCGAGUCAGCGAACGAGCGCGCUCCAGUGGGGAACUGAGGCUGAAAGGCAGAAGACUUAGCUUCAGACUCUUGUGUAUUCAAGAAUAAACACUUUUAAGAAAUCCAAAUCUUGUAAUACCUGCAAUCAAAUAAGCAAUUCCAAUGGUAUUUCAUGCAGAGUUUGCAAAUAUUUCUGUAACAGGAAAUGUAAACCAAAGGGUUCCAGCAGUUCUUUAAGAAAUUCAUUUCUCUGUUGUGACAAAAUAUCUGAAAGUACAGAUUUUGACCUUAUUAUGGAGGAAAGUUAUGAACUGGACCUGACUUACGUUACUGAAAGAAUCAUUGCAGUAUCGUUCCCAGGAAGCUGCUCAGAGGAAAUUUACCUAAACAAUUUCCAAGAUGUAAUUGGCAUGCUUAAAUCCAGACAUGGUGGCAACUACAUGGUGCUGAACCUCUCUGAAAGAAGAUAUGACUUUGCUAAGCUUGACCCAAAGAUUAUGGAAGUGGGCUGGCCUGACCUCCAUGCCCCAUCCCUUAAUAAGAUAUGCAGCAUCUGCAAGGCUAUGGAAUCCUGGUUGAACAGUCACUCUCAGCACAUUGUGGUGAUCCAUUGCCGGGGUGGAAAAGGAAGAAUAGGGGUAGUGAUCUCAUCAUACAUGCACUUCACAAAUGUAUCUGCAAGUGCAGAUCAAGCCCUGGACAGAUUUGCAAUGAAGAAAUACUUCGAUGAUAAUGUUUCUGCUUUAAUGCAACCAUCCCAGAAAAGAUACGUGCAGUUUUUGAGUGAUCUUCUCUCUGGAUUGGUAAAAAUGAAUACAAACCCUCUAUUCUUACAUUAUGUUAUUCUGCAUGGAAUCCCAAACUUUGGUAUUAGUGGAGGUUGUCAACCAUUUCUGAAGUUGUAUGAGGGCAUGCUGCCAGUUUAUACAUCAGGAGUAUAUAGCACAGAGCUAGAGAAUCAAAACAGAGCCUGCAUUCCAAUUGAACCAGCCCAGCUGUUGAAAGGAGAUAUAAUGCUCAAGUGUUGCCGUAAAGAGUACCAGUAUGGCAUUCGGAGUAACAUUUUCCGCCUGCAGUUUCACACAGGUGCUGUUCAAGGAUAUGGCCUAAUAUUUAACAAAGAAGAAUUGGAUGAUGCAUACAAAGAUGAUCAUUUUCCUGAAAAUGGAAAAGUUGAAUUGGUGUUUUCGAGUUCCCCAGAAAAAAUUCCAGUGCUGCACUCACAUGGUCCCAUUGAUGGCAGCCUUUAUGCUAAGGUGAGGAAAAAAAGCUCCUCUGAUACCAGCAUUCCAAGCAGAAUCAAAGGUACUGCAAGUAAUAACUCUGACCAUAGUGAUCAUACCCUAUCUGUGGGCAGUGAUUCAGGACAUUCUACAGCUUCUAUCAUGACAGAAAAAGCUGAGGAACAUCCUCCAGGACUAAAACGAAUCUUGAGUCCCCGGGAAAAGGAAGAACUUGAUCAACUGCUUAGUGGCUUUGGCCUAGACAACUCGAUCAUUCAGCUCAUGGAUACGACUGAGGCCCAAAGCAAACAUAGUGGGACUCGUCAUAUAGUGCCAGCCCAAGUUCAUGUGGAUGGAGAUGACAAACACAAGGAAAGAGAAACAGAUAUUCUAGAUGAUGAGAUGCCCACUUAUGAUCUUCACAGUGUGGAUAGUAUUGGAACAUUGUCUUCCUCUGAAGGUCAGCAGUCUAACCACCUUGGGAAUUUGAACUGCCAUAAAAGUUGUCAGAAUCCCCUCCUGUCAGAUGGCUUUGGAAGUAAUAUUGGAGAGGAACAUCAUAACAUUCUGGCUGCAGAUCUGGGAAUUAAUGUUGACUCUGUGUAUGAAAGGCCCUUUAGAAGGAUUGAUACAAAAAGUUGUCAGCAGCUGACAAAGAAUCCUCCAGUUUCCACCCAUCCAUCCUAUAGCGCCAGUAGCUAUUCAACUCAGACAUGGGUGCGCCAACAGCAAAUGGUAAUUGCUAAUCAGUAUAUCAGUUCUCCAGAGAGUGAAGUUGGAUUUGGUAUUCAUAACAUAGUUGCAAAUGUGGGCAACCUGGAAAAUCAAGCCAGAGUUCCAAAUACACUUUUCCAAAGUUCCAGCAGUAGGAGUGAGAUCCAAAGGAGGCUUGGGAGUAUACCAACUUCUAGUAAUGUGGUUGAAACAUCUGAACCAGAGGUUUCUAAAUUAAGAUUUCCCUCUGAAAAAAGUGCAAAUAAUAAUGAAUUGAAACAGAAUACAGGAAGCAGUGCUGGAGUUUUGCCAUCUUCACCAACUUUGGAUAUUGAUCAGUCAAUUGAACAGCUAAACAGACUAAUUUUGGACUUAGACCCAACAUUUGAGCCUAUUCCUACCCGCAUCGGUGCUGUCAACACAGAUUCAGAUCAACUGAGUGGCUUUGUCAGUCCUCAAAGAGAUGAAGAAAGGCUCGGGAGGGGCUCUACGUUCCAUGUGAAAACUGAGAUCACUACCAAAAACUCAUCCCAGCAGGGUUUUCAAGAUGAUGGGAUAUUAAGUGGAAAAAACAAGAAGUUAAAUCCUGAAUCUUAUGACAAUGAUAUCUCAACACAGUCAAUAUGCAGAAAGUAUGGAUGGACAAAAUCUGAUGCCCCUGACCAUUCUUUAGGACUGGACUUCUUUGCCUCUGCAAUAAAAACCAAAGAGAUGGGUGUUGUAAAUUAUUUGGAAAACCCAAAUGAAGGAGAUGGAAGCAUUUUCUCACCCAGCAAGAACGCAACAGUUCCACUUACUCCAGCAUUUCCUGUAUCACCAAAGACUCCCUAUGAACCCGGAGGUUACAUAGAAGACCUUAAUCAUUCCACUGUGGUAUCUGACGGUUCAAGAACUCCAAAUCCAUCCUUAUUGCAAGCUGGCAUAGAAUCUGUUUCUUCCCAUCCCCGGCCUUUUGCAGCUACAUGUUCAGUUUCAGAUGAACAUGUAGUUCCAAGAAAAGAGAGUUCAACAGAUGAACAUAUUUGGCAUCAAAACAAUUCUCAGCCUUCCUUGAUGCCCCAUUUUCCAGAAAUGAGUAACAUCAAUGUAGGAAGUUACCUCAUGUCUCCAGAUCUUUCUGCUCCUAAGCAAAAUGAUUUAUACUUUCAGACAAAAGGACUUCAGCCUGGGACAUUUAACAAUCUAGCAAAUAUAACAACUUUGCCACAACAGGACCUUACAACUUGUGAUAGCAUCCAGACUUUUCAGAAUUAUGAUGGGACUGUUGCUAACAGUAACCAGUUAGUGGAAGGAAAAAACCUUCCUUUUAUGGCAAAUGCUGAUGGGUCUCCCAAAGUAAUGAAAUCUGUGGUGGACAGUAGCUUUUUGCCACAUACCAGCCUUGUAUCAUCUUCUGGACAUACUAAUCAGCAAAAACAGGGAUUGCAAAUGAAUCCACAAACCCCUCUUCCUGAGAAGAAAAGGAUUUCUGAGGCAGAAUGUUCUUUUGGCUCUGCCUCACCUUCUUCAAGUGGUUUCUCCAGCCCACAUAGUGGAAGCACUAUCAGCAUUCCAUUUCCAAAUGUUCUUCCAGAUUUCUCUAAAGUUGGAAACCCACUACCAGUGUUAGAAAAUAUGGGUGAUAAACAUGUAACUGUAAACUUUGUUCAAGAUACUUCCAAAUUUUGGUAUAAACCAGAGAUUUCCAGAGAACAAGCUAUUGCUGUCCUGAAGGACAAGGAAGCUGGGUCAUUCAUUGUUCGUGACAGUCAUUCCUUCAGAGGUGCCUAUGGUUUGGCCAUGAAGGUUGCUAUACCUCCUCCUUCAAUAUUACAGUUAAACAAAAAAGUUGGAGAUAUUUCCAAUGAACUUGUGAGACAUUUUCUGGUUGAGUGUACCCACAAAGGAGUAAGACUGAAAGGAUGUCCCAAUGAGCCAUAUUUUGGAAGUUUGACAGCUUUGGUGUAUCAACAUUCCAUUACCCCUCUGGCAUUGCCUUGCAAGCUACUCAUCCCAGACCAAGAUCCUCUGGAAGAGAUUUCUGAAACCUCUACACAAACGGCUGCAAAUUCAGCUGCAGAGCUUCUGAAACAAGGGGCAGCCUGCAACGUUUGCUACCUGAAUUCUAUUGAGAUGGAAUCUCUAACAGGUCAUCAAGCUGUGCAGAAGGCUUUGACCUUAACUUUAACUCAAGAGCCUCCUCCCACCUCUACUGUAGUGCAUUUCAAAGUGUCUGCACAAGGUAUCACAUUGACAGACAAUCAGAGAAAGCUUUUUUUCAGAAGGCAUUAUCCAGUCAGUAGUGUUAUUUUUUGUGCUUUGGAUCCACAAGACAGAAAAUGGAUUAAAGAUGGUCUGUCAGCAAAAGUAUUUGGCUUUGUCGCAAGGAAACAAGGUAGUGCAACUGAUAACGUUUGCCACCUGUUUGCAGAGCAUGAUCCAGAACAGCCUGCCAGCGCUAUUGUAAACUUUGUAUCGAAGGUCAUGAUCGGUUCCCUGAAGAACUGAAGGCCUCCUAUUUUACUGAUCUGUUGAACUUACAAGCAGAAAAGCAUAUUUUCAGAUGUGUGGCCCUCAGCAGUUCCUCCAGUGGACAUUCCAUCUAUAUAAUAAGAUAAAGGGUGUAUUUUAUAUAUCAGUAAUAUCACAUAACCAUUUAAAUGUCUGACAUCAAACUUAUUAAGCAAAUAAGGGAACAGGAAGCUUGCAAGGUCCCAAAUACCCAUUUCUGAACAUUUUUUUAAAAAAUCUAAAGCUUUAUAAUGUUGAGAAAAUUGAAAUGAGCUUUUCUGAUUUUUAACUUGUGAUGGGACAGAAUGUGGGAGAGCGGGCAUUCACCUCUUUGGGCAUGUUGUUUUUAUGUGGAAUUUUUGCUGGAAUUUUGUAAAGAUGUGAGAACAGAAAUUUGCAUGAGAAAAAUCUCCAAGGGUCUCUCAGUUGUUAUUCAGGAAUAGGAUUAGGGACUGGAAGUGGAAGAUAUAAAGACUUGCAGAUUUAUUAGACAAAAAAAGAGUGCACUGCCUCUUUUCUUAAUUCUCCCUUGCAAAUUCCCAGUU